CGACCACUCCGUUUGUUUGACGUUUCUCGUUUAUCGCGCGUGUAUUCCGUGUUUCUGUUGGGCGCGUUAAAUUUAGUCUGUUGUUUACCUCGUUUCGCAAAGAAACGCGCAUUACCACAAUGAAUUUCUCGUUCGGAACGCCCACCACUACAACCGCCACGACCGGUGGGUUUUCUCUCGGCGCCGCUGCCACCAGCACUGCACCGACAGGAGGGUUCUCCUUCGGCACAACGCCAACCUUCGGUUCCACCGGCGGUACGGGUGCUGCGGCACCAACCCUGUCCCUAAACCCAGCAGGAGCAGCCACAUCAACCGCACCGGCCGCCGGAGGUUUGGGAACACUUUCCUUCGGAGCAUCGCUGGGCGGAACUGCUGCUGGCACUGCUGCCACUCCCUCGCUGGCUGCUUCCGGGGCACAACAAACGGCAGGCGCAACGACAGCCACACUGCCAACGUUUGGCUCGCUGGGUGGAACCCCACAGCUCGGUACACCGUCGGCCACAGCAAGCUCGCUCGCUCCGGCCAAUGCGAAUCAACCGGCCGCCGGUACGACAACGGGCAUUAACCCGCUCGGUGCAGCACUUGCCGCACCGGCCACAACGACAGCCACCGCCGCCGCCGCCGCCGCUGCUCCUCUGUCGUUGGGUGGAUUCGGCCUGUCCAAGCCGGCGGAACAGAACCCACUGUCGCUCGGUGCGUCUGGCACGGCGACAACAACGCCGGCUGCCACUACCACCAACACGGCAGCGUCCACCGCCGGCACCAGCGUCGGCCUGGCUGCCAGCCUUACCACCAACACGCAAACGACCCAGUCCGCCGCCGUCGCCGCCAACCAGCAGCUCAAGUUCUUCCAGCUGGAAGAGUUCAUCAACAAGUGGACGCUCGAGCUGGAGGAGCAGGAGAAGCUGUUCACCAACCAGGCGACGCAGGUGAACGCCUGGGACAACAUGCUGCUCGCGAACGGCGAAAAGAUCGUCGCCCUCAACGAGGCGGUCAUGAAGGUGAAGGCGGAGCAGAACGCGAUGGAGCAGGAGCUGGAGUUCAUUACCGCGCAGCACACCGAGCUGGAGGAGUGCAUCGUGCCGCUCGAGCAGGAGCUGUCGCGCAUCGGCCAGAUCGAUCUCGAGCGCGGCCAGACGUACUCGAUGGCGGAGACGCUCGACUCGCAGCUGAAGCAGAUGUACGAGGACCUGAAGGAGGUGAUCGAGCAUCUGAACGACGCGAACAAGUACACCGACCCGAACGAUCCGCUCGUGCAGAUUGGCAAGAUACUGAACGCGCACAUGAACUCGCUGCAGUGGAUCGAGUCGUCCUCGACCGCGAUCACCAACCGGCUGGAGGAGAUCAACAAGAUGCACGAAACGCUGCGCAAGGAUAAUGAACGAUCGUUCCGCUUGACGUACUACGAUCAGUAGUGGGGGCUAUGGAUUAUGUUCUUUAGGGUUAAAUGAACUUAAAAUAAAUUGUAUUCCAAUUGGACCGGUAA